CACCCAUCCUGCAAUUAAUCAAUUAAUUCCGGGAACGAGGCUCUCCGAUUCCGAUUGCUACCAGGAGUACAGCGCUUCACUUAAAUGUUUAGAAGAAUUUAGCUCCGACAAGAGUAAAUGUCAAAAGCAUUUUGACAUGUACAAGGAAUGUAAGAAAAAAGAGAGAGAAGCCCGGCUGGAGCGCAAUAGAAGUCGUUCUUUCUUCUCCUGAGAGUCUAUUCUGGUAAUGCUUAAAAAAGCGAGGUGUUUGUGCCUUUGUGGCACUUAGAGACUCGGCUGAUGCAUAAUAGAAGUUGUACUAAAGUUUUUGUGAGUAUUUUUCUUGAGCAAUGCUAGAGUUACAAACUAAAUAGUCACAAACUUUACAAACUUACCAUUCGUGAAUCUCAUUAAGAGCACAAAAUAAUUUUAAAUAAUUUUGAAGUAAAAAUUUAUGUUUACAAAUGGUAAGUGUGUGAAAUUCAUGACUAUUUAGUUUGUGACUAACAAGUAAUGCCACUCAACUAGUUCAAAUUUGGUAUCGUCAAUAUGGCGCACUUAAAUUUUCACUUAGCAUUUAGAGAGUGAGAAUAAGGAAUUUAAGUGAGUGGGAAGUGGCAUUAGUCAUUUAAGAUGCGGCAUUAGCGGCAGCCAAAUGCUCUUAACUCAGAUGUAUGAUUCUACUUGUUAAAUUUCUAUCUUUUGCUCUUUUUAAAAGGAGUAGUCGCUAUUAAAAAAUGCUUCUUUUGUCACGGAUUCUCGAAGUAUUAUAGUUUAAAAUUUCCUUGACACAUUUUUUUGUCAUGGAUUAGGGAACUGUGUCGAAUAUCGAUUUACUUAUGAAGAAAGCCCGGUGGAUUCCCACCUACUCGCAUCACAUAUGCAGCCGGAAAAUUCAGCUUCCGAGGCUGAAAAUUUGAAUCUUGGCACAUUUUUGUUGAAUCUGGAUAGAAAAAAGAGAGAGGAGGAAAAGAAUAAAAUAAAAGUAGAAAUGAAUUGCCUGUUCUACUUCAAGGAUAAGAGCAAAGGUAGGGGGAAAAGAUCUGAGCCAGUGAUGAAAGGGGGGAGUAAUAAAUCAGCUGCUAAGAGGUCCACACAGUCUUCUUGUGCAACCUCAACUCCCCGCAGGUUUUCGGAAGUGUAUGAGGGGAAAUCUCAGAAAUUGAGAGUGUUUUCGUUCCGAGAGCUUAGGCAAGCAACUGAUAACUUCCAUAGGUUGUUAAAGAUUGGCGAAGGCGGGUUCGGGUGUGUUUACAAGGGAAGAAUUAUGGCUGUUGAUGGACAUGGUGAGCCCAUUGUGGUUGCAAUUAAGAAGCUCAAUGCUGAUGGCCAUCAGGGCCAUAAAGAAUGGGUAGCAGAAGUGCAGUUUCUUGGGGUUGUGGAUCACCCGAACGUCGUCAAACUGAUCGGGUACUGUUCUGUUGAUGCAGAGAGGGGCAUUCAGCGACUGCUGGUCUAUGAAUAUAUGCCAAACAGAAGUCUUGAUGACCAUCUUUUCAACAAGGCUUAUCCGCCCCUUUCCUGGCAAAGAAGACUGCAGAUAGUGCUUGGAGCAGCUCAAGGUUUAGCAUAUUUGCACGAACAAUUGGAAGUUCAGGUUAUAUAUCGAGAUUUUAAGUCUUCAAACGUGUUACUAGACGAUGAUUUCAAGCCAAAGCUCGCAGGCUUUGGUCUUGCAAGGGAGGGCCCCACGGGGCUUGAUACUCACGUAUCCACAGCGGCUGUGGGCACAUAUGGCUACGCAGCACCGGACUAUGUUGAAACUGGUCACCUCACAGCCAAGAGUGACGUGUGGAGCUUCGGUGUGGUACUGUACGAAAUCCUAACAGGAAGAAGAUCAAUGGAGAGAAACAGACCCAUCUCAGAACAGAAUCUCUUGAAAUGGGUCAAGCAGUACCCGGCGGAUAGCCGGAGAUUCAAACGGAUAAUGGAUCCAAGACUGGGUAACCAAUACUCGCCAGGCUCGGCGAGACAGGUCGCGAAACUGGCCGACAUUUGCUUGUCAAAGAGCCCAAAGGAGCGCCCGAAGAUGAGCACAGUGGUGGAGACUCUGAAUCUGAUUCUUCAGAACAGCACUGCUUGUGACUGGGCUGGAGAAGAUCCAGUUCUUGAUGAUGAUGAUGAAGACCGGAUGCCAGAUCGGGUGGGCCCUGUCGAGUCAGAAACUCGGCGGAUGGCCCAUUUGGCGAAACUAAGCGAACGCGUUGGCGGGAUGAGCAAGAAAGGGUUUAUGAUCAUGCAUAGGGCUAAAGUCACUUGAAAACAAAAGGUCCCCCACCCCCCCACCCCCACCCACAUUCUAUAUACUUAAUUGAGGCCGGUUCUUUUGACACCGGUCCUCGGUGUCAUACAUUAUGACACCAAACCAUUUAGGGGCCCUACGGUGCUCCGUUGAGCUCAUAACUGGGUCUUACCCCCCUUCCCCCACCUUAUGUCACCGCUCCCAUGUUUCCAAAAUAGUUUAAAAUUAUUUUUUAAACAUAUAUUUAAAUAUCAAUUUUGAAAUCUUAACAAUUGCACAUGUUUUUUUUGCUAUUGUAAUAUGAAUUUUAUGGAAGCACAUUUUUUUUUGAGUUUAAGAGUGAAAUAUGUCAAUGGGUCAAGGUAGUGAAGAUUGAAAGGUGUGUAUCACACAAAUAAUUUAAAUGAAUGGGG